GCAUUUUCCUGUGAUCCUGGCGCUGGGGAAAGAGCUGUGCGUGCGGCCUUCCGCUCCAGAGUCGUUCUCGUGGCUGAAGUCUCCCAAGCCAGAACCUCGCCCAAGUCAAGCAUUUCCAAUCCCACUGACUCCGGCCUUUUGUUCCGGCGGCGCUGGGACAAGUUGCUGCGUACGCCGCCUGGGACCCAUGGAAGUGGCGACUCCUGCAGCACCCAUAAUUUCCCCUGCAGUUUCGCAGCGCGCGCCCUAGCUCGUCUGCCCGACUUUGGGGAACCAGUCCUCCCUCCGCUCCGCGUUCGCCGCCACGACACGACCCGCCAAACCUCGUCAACCGAAACAGCCCGCGACCCUCCAGCGAGCUGACAUCGCGCCCGUCAUGGGCGACCGCGCUGGCCCCAAUCCGCACGCGCCCGAGAUUCUGAACGGAGCUGAGCCGGCUGUGAACGGGCACGGAAGCCGCGCCGUCAAAAUGGAGAGAAGCUCGUCGGAUCCGACCACGGCAGCCCUGCGAGCCGACACUUCCAGCCCCAUGGACGAGGAUGCAAAAAGCGCAUCAAAAAGCGCGGGCGCAUCGCCGCCGGACGCCGAGUCCGCGCCCAAACCGUUGCGAAAAUCCUCCAAAGCCUCCGUCUCGCGCCCGCCCAUACUGUUCAGUAACCUCCCCGAUGCUACCGAAGAGGCCUCUCGCGGCUUCGCCGUUCUGAGCGACUGCGUCUACGCCUCCAAGGCCUUGGGAAAUUCGGAUCAAGAGACGCUUGAUUGUGACUGCGAAGAGGAGUACCGUGAUGGCGUCAAUCAUGCUUGCGGGGAUGACUCGGACUGCAUCAACAGGCACACAAAGAUUGAGUGCGUGGGUGGAAACUGUGGAGAGGGCUGCCAGAACCAGAGGUUCCAGGCCAAGCAGUACGCCAAGGUCUCGGUCAUCAAGACAGAGAAGAAGGGCUUCGGGCUGCGUGCCGAUACGGACCUCGAUGCCAACGACUUCGUCUUUGAGUACAUCGGCGAGGUCAUUGGCGAGGAGCUCUUCCGCCGGCGGCUGAUGAAGUACGACGACCAGCGCCUGGAGCACUUCUACUUCAUGUCCCUGACAAGAACCGAGUACGUCGACGCCACCAAGAAGGGCAACCUAGGCCGCUUCUGUAACCACUCGUGCAACCCAAACUGCUUCGUGGACAAAUGGGUGGUCGGCGACAAGCUGCGGAUGGGCAUCUUCGCGCUGCGCGCCAUCAAAGCUGGAGAGGAGUUGUGUUUCAACUACAAUGUCGACAGGUAUGGCGCCAACCCCCAGAGGUGCCACUGCGGAGAGCCCAGCUGUAGCGGUACUCUUGGCGGCAAGACUCAGACCGAGAGGGCGACCAAGCUGCCUAUGGCCAUGGUCGAGGCCCUUGGUAUCGACGACGGCGACCAUUGGGAGUCGAGUGUGGCCAACAAGAAGCCGCGCAAGAAGCGAGCCAACGAGACGGAGGAGGAGUACGUCAACAGUAUCCAGUCGCGGGAACUCGAGGACGGCGAGGUUGGCGUGGUCAUGUCCUCUCUGCGCUCAUGCAAGGAGAAGUGGAUUGUCGGCAAGCUCCUCGAGCGCCUGCAGAACGUUGAAGAGGAUCGUGUUCUCGGCCGCGUCGUUAAGCUCCACGGCUACGAGUAUCUCAAGACCACACUCAACACCUUCAAGGACGACAAUGGUAUCGUGCUGCAGGUACUGGAUAUCCUCUACAAGCUACCACGCAUGACGCGCAACAAGAUCGACGAUGCCAAGAUCGAGCCCAUCGUUGUCGAGCUGUCCUCGAGCGAGCAUGACGAAGUGUCUAGGGACUCGAAGCGACUGCUGGAUGAGUGGAAGACGCUACAGGUUGGAUACCGGAUACCACGCGCCAAAGUGGACCGGAACGCGGCGAACACGGCCAGCUCGCUCUUUGAUGAUCGCCGCCAGCAGGCUCGGGAAGCGGCCGCCGCGCCCACUCCGAAAGCUCCAUCGCCUAUCAGGAACGCUCCUACCGGGCCCAGGAACAGCCAGCCUCAAAGGAACCCCCACUACGUGGCGCCGCGGCGUCGGGCCCCGCCUCCGAGGGACAACACGCCGCUGCCAGCCGGCUGGCGCUCGGCCAUAGAUGAGAACACCAAGCGCUGGUACUACUGGGAGACGGCGAACCCAGACCAGAAGUCCUGGGUGCGCCCCUCGACCGAAGCGGCCAAAGUCACAGUGGCAAUGGAAGCCCAGAGGAUACAGGACAUAAUCAACCAGUGUCGGCAGCCGACGCCGAAGCCCAUCUCCGCCGCGCAGACGCCGCAAGCGGCCGGCACACCAGUUGCAGAGGCCAAGAAAGACAGGUGGCGAUCGUGGCCUGUCGAGAAGCAGCGGAAGCUGUACGAAAACACGAUCUUCCCUCAAAUCAAGCACGUGGCGGACAAGUUUUACAAGAGGUUGCCCAAGGAGGACUUGAAGAAGUUCGUCAAGGAGAUCAACAAAAACCUCGCCGCAUCCGACUAUAAGCACGGCCGCGUCGACGAUCCCUCUAGGAUCAGCGAGCGACAGGAGUCCAAAGUCAGGAAGUAUACGCGUGAUUUCCUGGAGAAGGCAGUCAAGAAACACGAGCAGUGGGCGGCCGAGCGGACGGGCCGGAAGACGAGGGAUCAGGCCGGUGAAGAGCCAAAGGCAGCAACUGGGCGUCUCGACGCCGGUUCCAGGCCACCAUCGACGGGGGCCUCACCGAUGCCGGACAAGGACGUCGUCAGUGACGUCGACGCGCAUCUGGACAGCCCUGGGUCGCCGUCAGACCUGAAGCGCAAGCGGUCCAGCGAAGACGAUGCCGAGUCAAUGGUGGAUGAGUUGACUCCUGGCGAAACGCCCUCGCUCAAGAGGCUAAGAGAGGGCGAUGUGGAGGCGCCGAGCCCGCCGCCGCCACCAACCCCUCCGCCUCUCGAGGACCUGGACGAUGCAGUGAUGAUCGAAGAAGUAGCCGCGGAGAAGAGGCUGCAGGAGCACGAGGAUGCGCUCGUGCGUGAGAAUGAGGAGGCUAAACAGUUGCAGCUGGACGCGGCCGAGCAAGCGCGCCUACGAGAGCACGAAGCGGCGCUGGAGCGUGAGAACCAGGAGGCGCUGAUCGCUCUGCAAAAUGAGAGACGAGACGAGGAUGCACACAUGACCAAUGGCAAUAUGACCAAGCUGGAUGCCGUCGCCAUGGACCUGGAUGGGGUAGGCGGCGGUGGCGACGGUACCUCGAACCUGGGAAUACCUUCGAGGAAACGUGAGGUUCUCGGGCACUGAACUCCCCAGCGGCUUGAACUCGCGACAACUUCCUUGCCAGCCGAUUGCAUUCAGCAUUUGCUCCGCGUGUGUCGGUUCCGAGCAUUAUCACGCCGCUUCCUGUCGACUAUUUUUCUCUGGCAUCUUUACAUCAUCUGCAUUUUUGUUCUUUGUUAUCUCGGCAGACCAGCUCCCACGUCUCGGUGGCUCAAGAACGUGCCAUUUUAUUACAUUCUGAACUGUAUACCAUCCAUCGGCGCCGGAUUUCCUAUUUUAUUUGCAUUUUCGCGGAAAAUCACAGCUCGCCUCCAGCUGCAGGUGGCACCUGUGAAAUGCACUCGCCACUCGACCAUCUCGAUUCUACCAAUGGACCGAACGGCAGCUUUCCUUUUGGACGCACUGCGACGAAAAACAAAGAAAGCAAAGUCACUUUGAUCUGUACAUAUUACGCGCCGGCAUUUUGCAUACAUAUUUGUCCCUGUCUUUGUUUCUUUUGGCCCGUCAUCCUCCUGGACCCGGUAGCUCUCGCGUGGCUUUCAGGCGCGCCGUGCUGAAAGUACGCUUGUGGAAUGGGGCCUGUUAAUAUGGGGAGGCGAGGGGAAAAAGACGGGGUGCGUGAGAAAGAGGUCACGCGCAACGCGUCGGAAGCUCUUGCGAGCUCCGUUGCUCGCUAUGCACCUGCAUCUCUCAUGCCCAUCGCCGGUCGGGACCCCACCAUUCCUGCAUUUCUUGGUUGGUGCGGUCUCGAAAGGAGACGAGAUGCGAGGACUGGGGCAAGUAGCACAGGGGAGGGGAGGGAGUUGGAGAAGAUGGAGCAAACAGCAGUUGGUGGGAGAGGUGGUGUUUUGCGGGGAGUUUUUUUAUAUGGACCGUUCCUCUGUUUCUUUUCGGAUGCUGUGAUCGAGGCGAAUACGAAGAAGAAUCGAGAGGAAGGAGGCGACGCCGUUGACGAAAGGGGCAUGGGGUUUGAACGCUUGAGGUCCAGAACAGGGGUGCGUUGCUGUUGUUCCGCCUGUCGAGUCUGGCCGUGCUCAGUUGAUGUCCACGGAGCCGGCGUCGAAAGCGGUGGGAAUGCUGGCCUUUCUCCUUCUCUGUUUUCCCAUUCUUCUGCGCAUGUCUCCUGUCGUCGUCUUCCCUUCCCCUACUUUUGUUAUCUUGCAUUUGCGCAUUUCCAUCCCCCCUUGCAUCACUGGCGUACCAUGGGCAGGUGGAUGGAGAGCCCAGAUGUGAUGGCGUGCUGCCUCUGGCGUCGAUGGUUUUUUUUUUCUUAAAUUUUUUUUCUUUAUGUUGGUUUUGGUAUUCUCUCCCCAUGAUACCGACUCGGUGGUCAUUUCUUUGGCAUCAUUUCUUCGUCCAUGUUUGUUUUUGUCGUUAAGAGAUACCCGGGGGAUAAGCCCCAUUUCCAUCAAGCAUUUAUGUUCAAGACAUGGCCGGUGCGCUACCCAGCAUAUUUUCACACAUUGCCAGCCGAGGUUCUGACAAGGCCAAUUAGAGUC